CAUUCCCGUCUCCCUCUCUCUCUCUCUGUCUGAAACAGAGCAAGGAAGAAAAUGGUGCCGCCUUCUCCCUUCCCUCCCCGCCUUUCCUUCCGCCUCUACCACCUCCUCCUCUACCACUAAAACCCUUCGAAACAACUCCUUCCAUUUCAACCCUCUGAAUUCCCAAUUCCUUCAAGAAUCUAAUCGGCCUUUCUGCCCUGCUGCCGAUCGGACGAACUCGGGUCACUCUUAAAAGUUCCAAACUUUUUUCUUAUGGGAGCUGGUUUCUCCGACUUACUUGAUCGAAACGACGGGAGAACCACUCUCGGCGACUUGCCGGAGAGCUGCGUUGCCUCCAUUUUCAUGUACUUGGACCCGCCGGAGAUUUGCCGGCUGGCCAGGCUGAACAGGGCGUUCCGCGGCGCCUCGUCGGCCGACUUUGUGUGGGAGCCGAAGCUGCCCACCAACUACAACUUCCUGGUGGACAAAGUACUGGGAGAGAAAACGACGCCGGAGGAGAGCAGGCUGAGCUGCCGGAAGGAGAUUUACUCCAGGCUCUGCGCGCCCAAUUGCUUUGCCGAUGACGCCAACAAGAUGGUUUGGCUGGAGAAGAGCAGCGGGAAAGUCUGUGUGUCGGUUUCGUACAAGGCAAUGAGGAUAACCGGGAUCGAUGACCGGAGAUAUUGGACCCAUAUUCCCUCCGAUGAAUCCAGGUUCAAACAGAUAGCGUAUCUUCAGCAAACAUGGUGGUUAGAAGUGGUUGGCGAAUUGGACGACUUCCAUUUCCCCGUUGGCACCUACACCGUCUUCUUCAAGCUCCAGCUCGGCAAGCCACCCGCCGCCUCCAAACGGUUCGGCGCCGGCCGCCGCCACGUCAGCAACUCGGACCAGGUUCACGGGUGGGGCAAGAAACCGGUCAGGUUCCAGCUGUCGACAUCCAACGCCCGGCAAACCGCCUCGUCGUCAUCGUCGUCGGAGCGUUACUUGGUCGAGCAGGGCAACUGGGCCCACUACCGCGCCGGCGAGUUCACCGUCGACGACCCGAACUCUCCGACGAAGAUCAAGUUCUCGAUGAUGCAGAUUGAUUGUACGCACACGAAAGGCGGGUUGUGUUUGGAUUCCGUCCUUGUUUGUCCUAAGGAGUUUGGUGACGGCGGCGUGCUGAUGAAGCAACUCUGAGUUUAGGGAGGGGAAAAGAUAUAUGUGUGUGUAGAAUGUAGAUUACGUAAUAUUUGUAAAUAAUUACAGUGAGAUUAAUUAUAUUCAUUGUUGUUUGUUCGUGAGGCAGAGGUGUAUUAACAGAGCGAAAAAGAUGGAAGAGAAAAUUAGUGUAAUUUAUGCACGUGGGAGAAAAUGUAGUGUUUGUUUAAAUUGAAUAGAAUCCAUGGAAGAACGUUGGCAGAUCUUGUUCUCCUCCAUGUGCAAAGGAAAAGAAGCUGCCUUCUUCUGCUGGUUUCUGACUUCUUAAGGAUUCGGUUUCCAUGGAAGAAAAGAUAUGAUUGUCUGUUUCAUGAUUAUGUUCCUUAAUUUACGUUUGACUAUGAAGGUUUUACAGCUUGGAGGAGAGAAGAAGGUGUUCCUUUUUCCUUUUCUCGUAUUCUCGAGUUUCAUUUUUCCAUUAUUAUACGAAAAAUUCAUUUCCUCCCAAAAGGUAUAACGGAAGUGUGCAAAGGUUUUCUCUCAUUGGACGGAGAUUAGGCACUCGAGUGCAGAGGUAAGGAUUCUGAUAUUGUUGUUAGUAAACAAUAUAUGAUCCACGAUUGAACCUCUCCCAACAACUCGAGUUAUUGGGAUCAACUGGUUCUUGACAUGGUAUUAGAGCCUUCUGUGACCAUGAGGUCUUCUGUUCGAUUCCCGGUGACCCCAUAUGUUUCUGUUAAGCACAUGGUGUCCGGACCUGUGUCUGUCCAAACUCCAAGUCUAUCUGAAUGACUUGAGUUUGAAGAGGGGGGGGGGGGGGGGGGGGGGGAGGGUGUUAGUAAACGAUAUAUCCCAACAACUCGAGUUAUUGGGACCAACUGGUUGUUGACAUGGUAUCAGAGCCUUCUGUGACCAUGAGGUCUUCUGUUCGAUUCUCGCUGACCCCCAUAUGUUUCUGUUAAGCACACAGUGUCCGGACCUGUGUCUGUCCAAACUCCAAGUCUAUCUGAAUGGCUUGAGUUUGAAGGGGGGUGUUAGUAACUAAAGUAUUAAUAUGAUUCUUUUAAUUUAGGAUCUCAUAUAUAUUCUUGUUUUGCUCAUCUAAAAUCUUAAAUCAACUCAAAAUUCAUUAGAUAUAUAAGUGUUAAUAUUAUUAUAUUUUCCAUAAUUUCGAUCAACUCAAAGUUUGGCCUUUUUUUAGUAAGGGUGUCGAUUGAAUGCGUCGAACUUAUUACUGACCCAACAUCACACCAUCGCCAUUAGGUAGGGAUGGCAAUUUGAACCCGCCCCGUCGGGUAUUACCCGACCUGACCCGCGAUGAGGCGGGUAUUACCCGACCCGCAGUAGCGUGCGGCGGGGCAUGGGUAUCAACUUUCGACCCGCCCUGACCUGCCCCGCCCCCUUCAUGACCCGUUCUAGGUCAAUUUCUUACCCCAUCCAUUCAUAUAUCUCCUAUUUUGGCUUUUUUCAACUAGUUAAACUUGUUCAUUCAACUAAAUAGACUCGGUUACCCAUUAUAUGAUCACUAUUAUUUAUUCAUAAAGUCUUUUCCCUUUCGUUUUAUCAUUAAUUGUAAAAUUUAGUGUGUAUUUUUCUCAAAUAGCAUGUAAUAAGAGUGGGUCGACCCGCUCCGCCUCGUACCCGUGAGGAUAUUACCCGCCCUGACCCAUACUAGCGCAGAACAGGGCAUGAGUAUUAAGAUACCCGCCUGACCCAUUGCCAUCACUACCAUUAGGUAGGGUGCAAGCCAAGUUCCCACAGGGAAAAGAAAACGAUCUUGGUUUG